GUCACAUGUUUGCUCUUUUAUACCUGGAAAAUCGGUCAUAAUGGAUUGUUUUGUCGGGGCUGCUGCCGCGGUUCUGCUGCUAUUCGUCGGGCUACCUGGAAGCCUCGAAUGUCCAAGCCAAAAAGGCCUCAGCGUGGAUAGAUUGAACCAGAUCCUGAACGAAGCGAAACAAUCCAACGGAAGCGGCACCAUGUUUUUGCGCGGGUAUGGGCGGCCGCCUCCAACCCCGCGAUUCCCGACAUGGGAAUGGCCGCCCAACACGGCGAUCAUGCGAGCGCCCGAAGGCGGCGCACUGGUCAUUCCUUGCAACAACACUAACAACAUGAAGGUGUCCCACGUGUCCAUUCCGCCGGCAUUCAUGUACAACGGAAAGCAGUUCGCCAUCACAAAGGGCAACACCCGGGAAAAAUCAUCCGGGGAAACGAAUCACUGCUGCAACUGCACACCGGAAAUCAGUAGCCGGGGCUUCGUGCGGCGCUCCUGGUCCGUCUCCGAGUACGAUCCGGCCACUGGUGCGUUCGCCAUCACGCUGCACAACUUCACGGCCUUCGCCAGCGGUCUGUACGAGUGCCUGCACUCCAACGGCCGCCAGCUGGUGGUGACGCAGCGCUACGGGGUCAUCGCCACGCUCCUCCGCCACGAGGUCUUCGACCCGCCCAUGCAGAACGUCACCGUCCGCCUCGGCGACCCCGCGGAGAUGGUGUGCCCCGUCCGCUUCAACUUCCUCCCGGAAGCGCUGAUCCGCCGCUUCCUGUGGCGCAAGGGACACUUCCUGCUGAUGGCCGACGCCAUCCCGGCGGUGGCCGACGCGGCCGUGGCGUGGUGGGGCUUCGAUGGAUUCUUUGAGGUGGGCGUGCGGCCGCCCUGUGUGUGCAACACCACCAUGAAGAUCGCCAGCGUCACCUGGGAGCACGCCGGUGUGUACGAGUGCUGGUUCCGCAUCGACGACCGUCAGGAUGAAUGGAUCAUGCAGGAGGCCCAUCUGCACGUCGUUUAAGCGGGUCAGCGGUGCGGCAAAUGAGUGUACAAACAUAGAUUUUGAAUGCUGUGGAUCGGUACUAUCUCGUUUUCUACUUUGGAAUAGAUACCAUAAUGUUAGAUGUUUGAUGCAGUGGUAUUUGUCUGCGGUGGCAUUUAAGCAACUGCCGUCAGUCAACCGUCAGUACCCACUGCCUAAAUAAUUUUAAUCUUUACGAAUACGAGUACUCAAGUUCAAGUAUCACUAACACUCGUAA